GCAUCCUGUUUGCUUGCCAUCUGGCCUCGAAUGAGCUUCUUCGUCGACGAUGGCGUCUACCUGAACAAGCACGUGAGCUCAGUGGGGCCGGUCAUGCAUCAUGGAAUCAAGGAUCCGCGGGACGUGGCGGAGGUCUAUUUUUCCGACCUCACGCAGUGCAUCGUGAACCGGAGCGUGGUAGUCACUGCCCAGAAAAUGGGUCAGGAAGCGUUGAACCUGGCAGAAGGCUACAGCGGGCUCUACCCGCAGGGCCGAGGUUGCAGCGGCCCACAGUGUGCCGAGCACUGCGUGGCCAACUUCACAUGCGAGCCUUUGGCCCCUGACGUGGCGCUGGGAUCUCUGAGCUUCGUGCAGGAAGCUUCAGAGACGCAGGUGAAGAGGCGCGCCAAGCGGCUCGCCGCCCUGGCGGUGGGUGCCGAUGGCACAGCUCGAGCUCUGCAUGAGGAGGAGGAGGCGCUGAAGACGGCCCUGAGCCAGGCCACAGAAGGAGCCAGCCGUGCAGCGGCUGCCGCAUCGGCUGCUGCCCUGGCCGCGGAAGAGGCCGCGAAGGCAGCGAGCGCAGGUGGGCCGAGGUCCGUGAUUCGGAAGGACGAGAAGCAGGCCAUGGAGCCAUCCGAUCGAGGCAUGCACCCCAUCGGACUUGUGGUCCUCGCCGACGACCAAUUUCAGAAGCAGUAUGGGACCCAGAUCCAAAGUCUCCGAUGCUAUGCUCAGCAGCAGGGAUAUGACCUCUGGCUUCUGAAUGGUAGUGCCUUUCCCAAGUGCAUCGCGUUCCGUGGCGACUUCUUCUACCUGAAGCAUUGUGCGGUUGCCGAGUUCCUGGAAACUCAGGCAGACGGGUACACGGCUGUCGUACUAGAUGCCGAUGUUUGCGCUGUGGCGCUGGAGAGGGGCCUCGAUGAGUGGAUGCGAGGGCCAGGCGAGCUCCAGUUCUACGAGCGCAUGGGUGGCCCGGAGGUGAUGGCUGGCAACUACCUGGCCAAGAACGUGCCCUGGGUCCGGGAGUUCCUCCGCCGUUGGGCCUUUCUCCGCAGCCACAAACCGCCCGGAUUCAGCUCGGCAGACAAUGGAGCUCUUCAUGUGAUGCUGGUCAACAUCCUCGAGCUUGAAGGGGCCGCACAGGUGAAUGAGCUCUACGGCAAUCUCACGGCGACUGUGGACAAUCUGGAGCCAUACUGGAAUUUCGUCCGCACAGCGAAGAAGGCUCUUGGCCCUCCUCGCGCCUGGAAACUGGGAUCUACGGGCUUCGGGCGCAGGCACUGUCGUGGAUUCUGGUCCACAUCUUGUACAUUGACCAUUUGGCCAAGGAUGCAGUUCUUCGUGGACGACGGCGUGUACCUGAACCGCCGCGCUAGCAACUUGAUCGGGCCGGUGAUGCAUCAUGGCAUCAAAGAUGCCGCAGAUGUUCGCGAGCACUACUUCCGGGACGUGUGGUCCUGCCUGGCCAACGGUGACGCCCUCGUGUCCCCGGACACGCUGGGAUCUACGGCGGUGCAGUUUGCUGCCAGCCACCCCGAGCUCUAUCAGCCGGAGCACCAGGGCUGCACAGGGGCGUCCUGUGUGGAGGCCUGCGUCGCCAACUUCAGCUGCAGACCCGUCGAGGAUUUCGAGGCGCCCUUGAUGCGACAAUGGCAGCGCGACGCCGAGUCUGCAUGGGUGGUCUUCCGGCGGAUGGUUUGCUUUGGGCUGGCAGCCCUGCUGGUCGUUCUUCUCGCCUGCCUGACCUCCAGCACGGUAGCUUUCCGCCACUCGACUGGGCACGGGUCCUAG